AUGGAGAAUGACUUUCUCAUUUCAGGAACAUAAAGAUAAUACAAGAAAAUUGGAUUUGAAUAGUUGAAAUUUUUAUGUAAUUUAUGCAAUGAAAUUACAGAUGAACUCUUAUUAAUUUAAUGUGUAGAUUAAGAAAUCUAAGUUUGCUUGGAUUGCCAUAACAUAAUAAAUAAUAAUGAUAAUCAAAAAUAACUUUUAGGAGUUUGUUGGCAUAAGUCUAUAACUGAUAUUCCUUAUUGUUCAAAAGUUUUCUUCAAAUUAGGUUCAUAAGCAAAAUUUUAUCAAUUAAAAUUUCAAGAAUGUAAAAUUUGUUGCUAUAAUAAAAUUUGUUGUAAAUUAUGUACUAACUAACAUUAUUUCUGUAUUGAUUGCACAGAUAUAUACAUUCAAUAAUAUUUUUCAAGAUCAUAUAAGAUACCUUGUCCUUAGAAAAUGUGUAAAUUAGAAUUAGAUCAUUAUCUAAUAAGUUAAUUUAUAUCUCUUACAUAAGUUAAAUAAUGGAAAAUAAUAAAUAGAGAUCUAUUUUGCUUUAAUAAAAGAUGUUGCUCUUAUCUUUAAGUUAAUCCUUAUUCUCAAAUUAAUGCUAUUAACUUGAAAUUAAUAGAAGAAAACGUUGUAUAAUGUUAAUCUUGUAAGACUAAAUUUUGUAAUACUUGUUACACAUAAGUUAAAGGAGCUUUAAAAAAACAUAAAUAAUUAUGUAAUUAAUUAGCUAUUAAUUAAUUUUAAAAUUAUUGCCAAGACAAUCAUGUUUAAAAAUGCCCAAAAUGUAGAAUAAUAACCCAACCUAGAUUAUGUUAAAAUAAGUAAAAUUAUAUUGAAGAAUCAAAAAUAUAGUAAUGCAAAAUAUGUAAUACUAAAUUCUGUAUUUUUUGCAAAUCUGCAGAAGUUAUUCUAUUUCCUUAAAUGAAUCCAAAUAUUUACGAUAAAACAUAUAGAAGCAGUUGUUAAACUUGUAUGACAAAUUUUUAUUCUUACAAAAAUUAAUGCAAAAUAAUUACUUAAAAAUUAUUUAGAAAAUAUUUUUACAUACCUAAAAUCUUAAUAGGACUAUGCAAAAUUUUAUUAAUUAUAAUAUGGUUACCUGGUUAUUAAUUUAUGCAGGUUGGAAAAAUUGUUGGAGAUUAUGUUGAUAAUAAAAUAAAUAAAAUUAAUAAAGAAAACGCACCCUAUUUCUUUUGUUGUUGUGGACCAAUCAUAGCUAUAACAAUCAUUUGUUCAAUAUUCAUUCUUUAUGUAAUUUUAUUUAUUCCUCUUUUUAUUCGAAAUUGUUAUAGAAAAAUAAAUGACUAACAUCUGUGA